AUGAAUAUAAUAAUCAACAAUCAUAACAAUAGUAAUGGAAACGCACCAUCAUAUACUAUAUUAGAGUUUCAAGGUUGCUUUGAGGAUACCAAUCCUUCAAAGCUAGCCAAUGAAACAUUGGGUGAUCUGACACUCAAGGGCAAGGAUACAUACCAACUUGUUAUUGGCAAUCAAGUAUUUGAGGGUAAAGAGACAAAGUUAAAGAAGCCAUUAUUGAUCAUACAGCAACAACAACAACAGCAGAAACAAGAUAUUAGUGAUAAUGAUAAUGGUGAUGAUAGUAAUAUGCAAGAUGAUACAAUAACAACGACAUCAACAAUAAUAGCACCAACAAAAGAAGUAGAGUAUCAAGUUAAAGCAACAGUUUAUAGUAAGAUAUGUUUCACAUCGAGGCCUGCCACAACAAUACCUCAACAAUCAGUAAAGUAUGGAUCACCUCAACAAAGGCGAUCUCCAUCUUCAUCACCUCAGACUACACCCGACAAGACAUCAUCAUCCGCACCUGCUAGUGUCGAUCAGUCAUCAUCAACAGACAACAACAAUGACACACCUAUACCUCAACCAAAGUUUACAUAA